UCAGAGAUGGCGGGCGCCUCCGACCCCCUGGAAGAUAUGCUCUUUUCAGAGGUGGAUGAAAAGGCUGUGAGCGACCUAGUGGGCUCAUUGGAGUCACAGCUUGCUGGCCAAAGCAACCCAGCAGGUAAAACAGACGAAAACGGAGGCGCUGGCUCAGUGGCCCCCGCUAACCAUCACUUAGGAAAAACGCUACCAGCUCCAGUGGGCACCACAACACUAGAACAACAACAACAAGGACGGCGUAAUAAACCCGAGAUGCGCCAGGAGAUCAACUCUAAAGACGUUAGUCCGGAUAAAGCUGUCACAUCUCCUUCUCUGGGUUGUACCCCGUCUUUUGGCGAGCCGUCCACCACUUCGGCUGCUUGUGUGAACGCCACUAGCAGCGGUUCGCAAUCACAUGGAGCAUCCAUCACAACACUGACUGCAUCUGGUGUGUCAACUUUGGCAUCUCCUCCAGUCAGCAUCAGCACCACAUCCAGCCGCGGCUCUAAGGUUUCUCCGGGCACAGGUGAGACGUCGACAGAAGCUAACCCGGCGAGAAAACGCAUAAGCCAGCCACGGAGGACCGCUUCGGCUCGGAUAAAGAGUUUAAACGGCGCAGCUGUAACGACGAGGAGGAACAGCAACACAGCGGUGGUCGAAAACGCUAGCUCUGUGGAUCCUAGUGAAACUACACCAAACUCUACUCGGCCGGUGACAUCCUCUAUUAACACUUCGACUUUCACCUUAUCUAACGCCAGCUUGCCUGUAGGUCAGUCGGCUAUUGCUCUCGACCGGGGGACUCCCACCAUUGCUUUGCAUAGACUCCCGAGUCACAUUGUAGCCAGUAUAGCCCAGAACGGCAACGGGACCAGUGUUUCGGCCUUGGUCCAGCAGGGCGCUCGCAUAGGACCCAUCACCUCUUCAGCCUCACAGGAGAACCACAGCAAAACGGUCACAGACACUGGGGCUUCCAAAACAGACGAUUGUCAGUCCAAAAUUGUAAUGUCAAGCCAGUCUGGUAGUGUCAACUCUGUAAUAAACACUGUUUCUUCUGCAUCUUCUGUUGUCACAACAACAACAACAACUACAGCAGCAGCUACAACAACUACUACAAUAACCCAGCCUCUGAGCUCUGCCUCAACCGCUGCCUGUGUCACAGGGGUGGCAACUAGUUCUGUAUGUGGUAUUGGUCAGACUACAUCAGUGACUACCACUAUUAGCAUGGUCAGACCCACAGCUCCCUCUCCCACACCUGCUGUGGCCACCUCCGCACAGUCUCAACCCCGUCCUGGACUUACAGCACCUCAAAGGAUCGUAGCCCCUCAGCUGAUUGUCAGACCACCUCAGCAGCAGACGACCAUUCAGCUUCCCCCUGGGUUUACCAUCCCACCGGGAAUGGUGUUGGUGCGUACAGAGUUGGGCCAGCUGGUGAUGGUUCCUCAGCAGGCUUUGGCUCAAGCUCAGGCUCAAGCUCAGGCCCAGGCCCAGAACAACAUCUCUCCACGACCUGCUACCCCCACCACAGGAACAUCCUUCAGAGUAACAACUCCACAGUCUCCUGUGACCUCUCAGACCACCAGGCAGUGUCCUUUGACCCCGGCCAAGAUGGUACCAUCUCCCUCUCCCACUCCUUCCAGCUCUGCCCUCCAGACCUCCUCCUCUUCUUCUUCUUCCUCCUCCUCCUGCUGUCCUGCACUCCGCCCAAAGGGCCCCGUGGCGCCGGCAGUGGCUGUGACGGCUCCGCAGCAGACCCCUGUGGUUAUGGCCCCUCAGGCCCCAGUCCAGGCUGCCUCGCAGCCAGUGCAGCCUCCGCAGCCUCCGCAGACUGGCAUCGCAGCGGCCCCUGGAGCCUCUGUCGUGUCCCAGGAAAUGCAAGAGAACGUCAAGAAGUGUAAGAAUUUCCUGGCCACACUCAUCAAGCUGGCGUCUCACAAUUCUCCAUCCCCUGAGACUUCCAAGAACGUCAAGGCUCUGGUUCAGGACCUUCUGGAUGCCAAGAUUGAACCGGAGGAGUUCACCAGCCGGCUGCAGACUGAGCUCAAGUCGUCUCCGCAGCCUUACCUGGUGCCCUUUCUCAAGAAGAGCCUCCCGGCCCUAAGGCUGUCUUUGCUGAAUAGUCAGCAGUCCCUGACCCAGCCCCCGCAGCAGGGAGUCAAACCAGCACCCGGCGGCGUCCCUCCCGCCAUUGUGGCCGGUCCAGCUGUCCGCAUACGCCACCCUAACAGCGUCAGCACCACCACGGGUGCCAGUGCGCUGCCCGCCGGGACGCUCGGACAUGCAGCUGCCAUGGGUAUCAAGACAGCGGGCGCUGUCGGCGGCCAGGUGCGGAUGCCUGUGGUGAUCACACAGUCUGUCAGAGCACAAGGCACAAUGGGGAAGGGAGCCGUGAUCCAAGCGGGGAAAUGUCCCGUGGGCCUGGCUGUGCAGGUCUCGGGGAAUCAGAAAAACAAGCUCAACGACCCCGGAGGAGGCUCUUUCAGGGAUGAUGAUGACAUCAAUGACGUGGCCUCCAUGGCCGGCGUGAACCUGAACGAGGAGAGCGCUAGAAUACUCGCCACCAACUCUGAGCUAGUGGGAACGCAAAUCCGCUCAUGCAAAGACGAGGCCUUUCUCCACCCAGGGCUGCUACACCGACGAAUUCUGGAAACCGCUAAGAAGUUUGGAGUCACAGAGGUCCCCAUGGAGGCUGUAACAUUCAUCUCACACGCCACACAGUCACGACUUCGCACUGUGGUAGAAAAGGUUUCGACUAUCGCACAGCACCGACUGGACUCCUGUAAGGACGAUGAGUGCUACGAGCAGUCUGCAGACGUUCGCUCUCAGCUCCGCUUCUUCGAGCAGCUGGAGAGAAUCGAGAAGCAGAGGAAGGACGAGCAGGAGAGAGAGAUCCUGUUGAAAGCCGCUAAAAGUCGCUCCAGGCAAGAGGACCCAGAGCAAGCUCGACUGAAACAGAAAGCUAAGGAGAUGCAACAACAGGAACUGGCGCAGAUGCGGCAGCGAGAUGCCAACCUUACAGCACUAGCUGCCAUUGGACCCCGCAAAAAACGCAAGGUGGAUUCACCAGGGGCCACCCCAUCAGGGACCGAGGUUUCAGGCAGCACGGCGGGUUCCCCAGCCAGCUCCUCCGUCCCGUCCACCUCAUCGCGCCAGUACACGCGGCAACGCAUCACUCGCGUCAACCUCAGGGACUUAAUUUUCUACAUGGAGCAGGAGAGAGAGACCGCCCACUCCCUCCUCCUUUACCGUGCCCUGCUCAAGUAGCUCUGCUCCGCUCAGCGUCCACCUCAACCUCUUCCUCCUCCUCCCAGCCACGUGCCUUCAGAUCAGGUCUAAUGUUCCAGCUCUGUGUCUCCAUAUGUACUGUAGUGAUGUCUGAUGUAGCUUUUAAUAAGAAGAAGGAGAAAGAGAGAGAGGGAAAAAAAAAAACGUACAAAAAUAAAACUGUUGUUCCGUGUCUUCUCUGUUUAUCCUCACGGUGCGUAGUUAGAUCAUUCAGUUUAAAGGCCAUAUCAAAUUCUUUAUGUUGGAGUUGGAUUUGUUAGAGGAAAAAGUUUUUUUUUUUGUCACAGGACUAGACCCAGAACUAGUUCCACGUAUGUUGGGUAGCUUUUUAUUUGACAUCACUGGCUGUAGCUUCAAUGAUGCACCUCAAAAUAAGGCAAAGAGAAUUAUGUUCACACCUCGACACAGCCUACAAUAUCCUCCACAAGCUCUUUGUUGAACAUAGUUCAAUGAAUGUAGUUUAGCUGAACUUAAUAAAUGAGCCUUUCCAGAUUUCUGUAAUGAGACAUCAUGUUGAAACAUUGAGAUUCCAAAUAACAGCAUCAUGAUCAAUUUUCCUUACGUGUAAAUAGUUCUUUUUGAAUUAUUUUACAGCAUGUAUAAUUUUAACACAUGUAAGCUUUGUAAGAAAUGGAAUAACCCAUGUGUCAAUAUUAUGAAAACUGAUGUUAUGUAAAACCAUGUGCUUUGAAUGAGUCAAAUUUAGAUGGUUUAUUCAGUUCACCUGUAGUGUAUUUGUUAUAAGACACAGUCCCCCUGACCCUGAUGCAGAGGUCAUUAAACAAAAACCAUAGUCCGCACUAUGACACCAGUUUCUGAUUGGUCUAAGUGAGUCAGUAUUUCUUUUUUUUUGUCCACAUAUAAUGUGAACAUUGUCUUUAUAACUAGUUGUUUGUAAGUUGUGUCCCAUCACGCCCACUGCUUCAACAUAUCUGUGUGAGAAAGGUAAGUUUUUGCUUCAGAGAGGUUGAUGUUGUAGGUGUGGUGGUGAUUGUGGAGAGUGGGACCUCGGAUCAAAGCAGACAUUCCUUUAUCUUUCCCUCUGACUGUUCUGUCUGCACAUUGAUGAUGUUUGAAAAAAAUGAGAUUUAACCUAUUCUUGAGGGAGCCACCCCCCCACCCCCAGAGCCCCCUUUUAGGCCCCUCUUCUUUUAAUAAUGAUAAUGAAUGAAUGACAAACGUAGUUCAUGAAGAAUUUUAGUGCACAGCCCUUAUACUUGUUUGUAUUUUGAUGCGAAAUGAAACAUCACAGCUGUAAAGUAAUUUGUAACUGGAAGGAUGCAGUUGUAUGAUUCCAGUCUAAAAGUGAUUUAUAUUUUUCCCAGUUGUUUCUCUCUUUGUGUUACUGAAGAGAGGAACGGAACAAAACGCCUGCUUUUACAUGUCGUCUUGCAUUGUCGCCUUUUUUUUUUUUUUUUUUUUUUUUUUAACGAUCCUUAUUGUAGUAUGUCCAUUAUGUUUUUGUUUAUGUUUUUUCUAUUUAACUAAAUAUCUUGGCCUCUAUGCAGCUUUUCUUGUCAUAUUGAAAUUUAUUUAAAUAUGGGUGACAUUUGAAACAAUUGUUGUGCAUUGUACAUUUUGACAGCACUUUUUUUUAAUAUCUAUUUUACCUGACAACUGAAAGCUGUCACUGUAUUAUAGCAAAGAAAUUACUCUUUUAAGUAAAAAGCAGUAUUGCCAAUUUCUGUUAAAAGACACUUAUUUCUAACAAUUAAUAUAUUUCUUGUUUUUGUUUUGUUUUAGGGGAUUGGCUUUUAUCCUUAACACAUUUUCAUAAAUUUUAUCUCCAAAACACCAUGUUUUAAAAACAAGCACAACAAUAUCUAUUGUGGUGAUCUGAAAUGAUUUUAAUAAUGAUUUCUAUGGUUUCUGGUGGUUUCACAGGAGGACAUUUCUACUACUACUACAGCUUUUUAGCCAAAAUAUUAGGACAAUAUUACUGAUGUAAACAGAUGGAAGAAAUAACAUUUCAUUGUAAGGAUGAUUUGUAAAUAUUGUUUACAAAACUAUGUGUUUAUUAGAACCACGUUAUUUUUGGUAAACUCUUGUACAUAUCUUGAAAAUUUCCUGUUUGUGUGAAAAAACAAUACUUAUGUAUUUGUACCUAUUUUGUAAAGGAAUAAAUGAGCUGUUUACUAAACUGA